AUGGCCGCCGAUGUGGGAUCGAUGUUUCAAUAUUGGAAGAAAUUUGAUCUACGGCGGCUUCAGAAAGAGCUAAACUCGGUGGCGUCGGAGCUGGCCGGACGACAGGAAGAGAGUGAAAUUUCCCACAAGCACCUACUGGAGCUGAGCCGCGAGUUCAAGAGAAAUGUCCCCGAGGAAGUUCGGGAGAUGGUGGCCCCUGUCCUCAAGAGUUUCCAAGCCCAGGUGGUAGCACUUAACAACCGAAGCAAAGAGGCAGAAUCUGCUUUCCUUGGAGUCUACAAACAGUUGAUUGAAGCCCCAGACCCGGCGCCCCUCUUAGAGGCCACACACACCCUGGAGGACCGGCUGCAGCAGCUGCAGGGUUCGGAUCCAGACAGCCGGCCCCUGGUCGUGGAGAUUAGCAGGCACUGGAGAAGACACCUACAGAGUCUCGCCAAGACAGACAACACGGAGGAAGAGCCAGCAGCAGUGGCAGGGGGGGCAUCGUCACGGGAACCCUGCGCGACCCCCCCGAACAGCACACGUCCGCUUCGAGGCGCAGGGUCACCGCAGCUGAACCAUGACGGCCAGAGAGAGGGGGAGAUGGAGAAGACAGAGGCGGCCUUGGCUGUCAGGCUGGGGGAAGCCGAGGAGAAGAUCAGAGUGCUUCACUCAGCGCUGACCACCACCCAGACGGAGCUGCUGGAUCUGCGGUGCAAAUAUGACGAAGAGAUGGCUUCCAAGGCCACUGAGGUCAGUCGGAUUAUGGCGGACCUAGAGAAAGCCAACCAGAGGGCGGAAACGGCACAGAGGGAGGUAGAGAAACUGAGAGAACAGCUGGCCAGUGCCAACAGUGCCCAAACCAGGAGCCAUCUCUCAGAAGGAGCCAGCGGGGAGAAAGCUGAGCUGGAGAGUUCGUCAUCCCGGCUGGAGACCGCCCUGGUGGCAAAGGACCGGGAGAUCCUCCGUCUGCUGGAAAACGUGCAGAGACUCCAGUUCACCUUACAGGAAGUCCAGGAGACCUCAGCCAAUCAGAUUACAGAGCUGGAGCGCCGACUUGCCUACAAGACUGAGGCUAUUGAGAGACUGGAAGCCAAGCUACAGUCCCAAGUGGAUUAUGAAGAGAUCAAAACUGAACUCAGCAUCCUGAAAGCAAUGAAACUCGCCUCAGCCAAUGGCAGCUCAUCACAGGACUCCUCUAAGGCAGCUGAAGCCCUGUUGCUGGACAAAGAGGCCUUCCUGUCCUCUCACAAGUACCUGAUGGAAAAGUCCAGAGUCUUGCACAGCAAUGAUGAGGAUCACUCCGAGGACUCGGUGAAGGAGUCAGGAAGGCCCCUGAGCUCCUUCUCCUCGCCUCAGAGGGCCCUGCAGCGGGAGGGACGUGCCUCUUCCAGUCCCGGGCCCCCUGUCGCCGGCGGGAGCACGUCCACCCAUGACCUCUCACGCCCUUUCUCCGUCUCCCCGUUCCCGGGAGACAAGUUGGGUGGGGAGCACCUUCUGCAAAAGCAGCUCCUGUCCCCUCUCUUUAAGAAGGAGGGCAGCACUCUCAUGGCCUUCCCCACGGCACUGUACGCGGCCAAAGCCGCCCUCAUGUCCGCCGGUCAGGGCCCUCCAGCGGGCGGGGCCGGGGACGCAGGCCCGCCCAGCGACCAGUCGGAGAGUGGGAGCUCCGGGGCGGGCGAUGAUGACCAGCUGGACACGGCGGAGAUCGCCUACCAGGUGAAGGAGCAGCUGCUGAAGCACAACAUCGGACAGCGCGUGUUCGGCCAUUACGUCCUGGGCCUCUCCCAGGGCUCGGUCAGCGAGAUCCUGGCCCGCCCCAAACCCUGGCGGAAGCUGACCGUGAAGGGCAAGGAGCCCUUCAUCAAGAUGAAGCAGUUCCUGUCGGACGAGCAGAACAUCUUAGCCCUGCGGACCAUCCAAGUGCGGCAGCGAGGGAGCAUCACUCCCCGCAUCCGAACUCCUGAAACUGGGUCAGACGACGCCAUCAAGAGUAUCCUUGAGCAGGCCAAGAAGGAGAUCCAGUCCCAGAGAGGAGGUGAUGUUAAGUCUUCCCUGGGCGGCUCGUCGGCCAGAAGCAGCAAUGGGGGUGGCAGCAGCUCAGACGACACCAUCAAAGGCAUCCUGGAGCAGGCCCGGCGGGAGAUGCAGGCACAGCAGCAGGCCCUCAUGGAGAUGGACGUGUGCGGGCGGGGCUCCUCCGCGGGCGUGGCUGCCCCCCCAGGCGGGCAGGGCGGGGAGCGCCCGGUUCUCUGCGACCCGUCUAAGGGGCUCCCGCCGUCGGCCUUCAUCAAGCAGGAGGAGGGGGGUGCGGUGACGGUGUGCGUGGCAAACCCCAUCAGCAGCCCCCAGACCCCGCUGAGCGUGCUCUCCCCCGCUGCCUUCGUCCAGAACAUCAUCCGUAAGGUCAAGUCUGAGAUCGGCGAGGCCGGGACCUACUUCGACCAGCACUGGUCCGUUGAGCGAGGCGGCAUCAUGGUGGCUGGAGCCGGAGGCAGUGGCAGUGGCAGCGGCUCUCGCCCCUUCACCUCCGUGUCUCCUUCCCUGUCCUCCUCCUCUUCCUCCGGGCACUCCACCCUGCCCCGCCCGUGGCCCCGCCCCGAGAACGGCGAAAGCCUGCCCAACAGUGAGGAGGCGUCGGCGGCUGAGGAGGAGGCCGGCCGGCCGGUGGAGGUGAAGGUGGAGGCGGAGGUGUCUGUGGUCGGGGAUCCUCCUUGCCCGGGGAGGCUGUCCUACUACCCAGCCUACAUACCGCGCGCGCUGAAGCCCACGGUGCCCCCCCUGACCCCAGAGCAGUACGAGAUGUACAUGUACCGAGAGGUGGACACCCUGGAGCUCACCCGGCAGGUCAAGGAAAAGCUGGCCAAGAACGGCAUUUGCCAGAGGAUCUUCGGAGAAAAGGUUCUGGGCCUGUCUCAGGGCAGCGUGAGCGACAUGCUCUCCCGGCCAAAGCCCUGGAGCAAGCUGACCCAGAAGGGCCGGGAACCCUUCAUCCGCAUGCAGCUGUGGCUUCUGGAUCAGCUGGGCCAAGGCCUGAGCCAGCCGGCCAAUCACAGCCACUCCCUGGAUAAGAGUCCCACGACAGCCCGGUCCUCACCCUCGCCACCCCCCAGCCCAGAGGAGAGCCAGCCCAGCCCACUGGCAGAGCCUGUCAGCCUGGCUCUGGAGAGCAGCAAGGAGAACCAGCAGCCAGAAAGCCUGAGCCCGUCUGGCGAGCCGCCCAGCGGCAAGUCAACAUCCAGCCUCUUCUCCGUUCACUCGCCCCACACCUCACUGGGCAUCCAGGAGCUGGUGGCCAUGUCCCCUGAGCUGGACACGUACUGCAUCACCAAGAGGGUGAAGGAGGUGUUGACAGACAACAACCUGGGCCAGCGCCUGUUUGGGGAGAGUAUCCUGGGCCUCACACAGGGCUCGGUAUCGGACCUGCUGUCUCGGCCCAAACCCUGGCACAAGCUGAGCCUCAAGGGCCGGGAGCCCUUUGUGCGCAUGCAGCUGUGGCUUAACGAUCCACACAAUGUGGACAAGCUGCGGGACAUGAAGAAAAUGGAAAAGAAAGCUUACCUGAAGCGGCGAUACGGGCUCUUGAGCACGGGGUCGGACAGCGACUCCCCUGGUGCCCGUUCAGACUGUGUGAGCCCUGGGCUCAGCGCCAUGGACCUGUGCCCCUUUGGUCAGACCAAGAAGCCACGCGUGGUGCUGGCGGCUGAGGAGAAGGAGGCCUUGAAGAAGGCCUACCUCCUGGAGCCCUACCCCUCCCAGCACACCAUUGAGAUGCUGGCGGCCAAGCUCAACCUCAAGACCAACACAGUCAUCAACUGGUUCCACAAUUACAGGUCCCGCAUGCGCCGCGAGGUCUUCAUGGAAGGUCUCCAGGACAACGACACAGACGCCGAGCCGUCUGGGUUCUCCACGCCCCCGCCCCAGAGCCCCACCUCUGACGGCGAGGACAGCAAGCAGCCACAUCCCAGCCACAGCCCCCACUACGGCCACCUGCCCAGCACUGCCCGCAGCCAUUUGGUCGUCAAGCAGGAGGCCAGCGAGCUGGAGGACGAGGAGGAGGAGGAGGAUGGGCAGGAGGAAGAGGGGGCAGAGGCACGGGGAAGGUACACGAAGCACUCUAAAACCAAGUGCAUCUCCACGGGCGUGCAGUUCCCCCUGCUGAAGACGGAGCGCGAGGAGCCCAUGGCCUGCUACAGAGAGCUGUCGUCAGGCCAGCACUGCCCCAAGGGCCUCAAGGAGGACUCUCCAAUGUGCAGCCAGGUGCCAGCGGCCUUCCCUGGGUCCCUCUCCCCCGACAGCCCCCAGAGGGCCGGACAGUCCCGGCAGGAGGGCGACGACCCUGAGAAGUCAUCGGUGGACCCCGUCAGCUUCAAAGCCUCCUCAGAGCCGUCCCGCAGCAGCCUGGAGGUGUCCCUCAACUCCCCCUCCGCCGCCUCGUCGCCCGGGCUCAUGAUGUCCGUCUCCCCGGUCCCGUCGUCGUCCGCCCCCAUCUCCCCGUCUCCUCCCAAUCCCGCGGGCGGAAACUCCAGCUCGGACCCCACGGCGCCCCCACAGAACCCCCCCAAACUCAACAAGAGCUCUCAGAGACGCAACGAGAAGAUGGCCAACCUCAACAACAUCAUCCACCGGCUGGAGCGUGCCGCCAACCGAGAGGAGACGCUCGAGUGGGAGUUUUAAAGCUGCCCUCCUCGCCGAACCACCCCCCCUCCCACACACACACUUUUGCUAAUUUUUUUUUGCUGUGAGCUGCAGACAUGGAGAAGGACUCUGUAAGAGAAUAUGUUGAGGAAACUGCCGGUAAAAGUUGCCACACACUGGGCAGAGGAGCCUGGCUCCUGGCGCACCCUCCCACCCCCGUCUUCCUUGUCCCUUUCCUGCUGUGAGUCCUUCUGGAACAAAAGGAUUUCUGCAGAGCAACUUUCCAACUCUGACAAACUACUCGAGAACAACAACAACAAAAAAACAACAAAAAAUGAGAAAUUAUUUAUAAGCGUGUUUUAGGUAUUUUAAUAAAGGAUACUACUUUGAAAUAUAUGUAACAGCCCUAGCUGUUGUGUUUUAAAUAGAGGAAGAAACCUCUGAUGUGAAGACUUUGCAGCUGUGGUGUCAUAUGAUGCACACUGAAGUUCUGUAGUUUGCCACUGGGUGAGAUUAAAAAAGACUUCUGUCUUAAGCCAUCAAAAGCACUAUGAUUAUUUAAAAAAAGACUGACCAAAUUUGCUACUUUUUGAAUAGCAAUUUUUCAGAUUUUUGUCUUUAAGACAUUAUAGAUAAAAGUCAAGUUACUCACAAAAAAACUUAAUACUUACUGAGGGAUAGUCCUUAAAGACUCUAAAAUAGCAAACAUCUCCUAUGUACUUAGUUUCUUGGUGAUAUGUUUUGGAACAUUUGUAACACAAAAGCGUGUCAUGUGUGGUUGUACAUGUUGUAGAAUUGUCUGCAAUAGCCUUCUCUGAACAAGAUGUAGCAUGGUACUCGACUUACCCUCUUAUCCCCUAUAGUUAGUCACCUGUGAUACACUUGAGAUAAAAAAAAAAUCUGAAAAAAGUUGCAAAAAUUACAAAAAAAGAGAAAAAAGGAAAUGCAAAUAAGAGUAGGACCUUGUUAGUGGAAGUGUUUUUCUUUAAGAAUACAUCGCGGUUUACAGUGUGGCCGUUUCUCAUGUGCUUGGCAGUGAGGCCGGGGUUUAAUUCAGUACACAUGAGCACAGUUUACACCAGUUUGGUUUUCCAUUUCAUAAUUACCUCUUAUGUCCUGUAGGACAGUGAUUCUCAACCGACUUUUGGCCAGAAAACCUGGGUGCUUGCAGUUUUUUUUUUUUUUAAGUGUCAACAUUGUGAAGUGCUCCAGCAGCAAUCCCUCCUAACAUCAACUGUUUGGCGGUGUUGUCAUUGCUGUGACUAGUUUUAAAUGGUCUUCAACUUACAUAAUAUUGCUUAAAAUCAAGUGAUUAAGGGUUAACCACAAGCUAUAAGUAGCACCUGCAGGAGGACUUUUGUGCAUGUUUACAUGACAGUUGGGAAUCAUUAUGAUUUUGAGUCUAGUUGAAAUGGGUUCGAAUGAAUUUGUGUUUAUGACAGAGUGUGUGGGCGAGCAAGAGAGAAAGAUUUGAAGAAAAUGUUUCAGCACACAGGACCGGUCACAAGUCUCGGUGGUUGAGAAACACUGCUCUAGGACAUGUCCAUCUUGCCCUACACAUCAGGCAGGGUUACUGUACAUCUCUUCAGUUCAUCCUUACUUGUUUAAGGUGACAGUUUACUUUCCCUACUGUACAAUUUCAUUGGAUUUGCACAGCGAUAUCAGCGACCCCCCCUCAGUAUAUACUGUAUAGUUACUGUCUUUGGGAAAUAAUGUGUAACUGAGCUGUCCUACUUUGGAAGGGAGGCAUGAAGCAGUGAUUCAAUGUGUAACGUCAUGUAUGGUAAAAAGCUACAAACAUUUCCCCGUCACUUUCAAAAUCCCAGCUCAAGAUGGAUUUAUAAUUGUGAAAUAGCUAGAUUUGUUUUCUCAAAGUCGGUGGAUAAGGUAUGCUUUUGUACUUGCGGCCAAAAGCAAUGGCACCUGACUGUUCCUUAAUUAAUUGGCAUAACCCUACACUAUCCCCUACACUAUGUUAUGUUACAUUUUAGGUUUCACUAUGGCAAGGACUUCACAGAAACAAUGCACUUACAAUAUUACUAGAUCUUCUAGUUUUUGGUGUUAUAUUUCAUGUCACCACUUGCCUUUAAAUAGCCUGUGCUAUUAAUGCUGCAUCAAGCUAAGCAUUCGAAUGAACUCAAACAGUAUCAAUGUGUUUAUUAAUGAUCAUUUGAAACUAUAUGAAUAGUGAACCACAAAAUGAGUCAACAUUUAAGUCAAUUAAUGAUGGCUAAUGUAAACUGCAAUGUUAAGCUAAGACCUGUCAAAUUAAGAGAAUGAGAAACUUAGAAUAAAAUUAAAGGGACAUCACUGAUAUUUUAAGAAAACCCCUGUAAUCUAGAAGCCGUAAAUGAAACCAAAACCAAUGACUAUGUUUAUUGAAUUUUAUCACACCUCACAAAAUGUUUUGGGAUAAAGUUGCUAGUCUUGAGUGUUGUGCUCAUGGCCUCUGAAAUUCUGCUAUCAAAUCAGCACUUUUGUCAUGUCAACAGUGAGUUCCUUCUAAGUGUUUUGCCUCUGUUUUGUAAUCUCAUGAUCAAUGUUUAUAAGUCUACAAUACAGUACCUCCUGUGAGAGUUACUCACAGCACUUCGAUUUUAAGAUAUGUGAAAAAUCUAAAAUAAUUCAUUUGAAAUAUUUACAUUUCCUGACUAAAUGUUUCACUAGUCUUUGCAGUUUAUGUAUCCUUGAAGUUGGUAGUAACAUUUGCACAUGUUUUAAUAGUACAGAGAAUUGGAAAUAUAUCUAUAUAUAAAAAUACACAGUUACAGAAAAUAUCUUAGAUUCUUGAAACAAAUGUGCUAAUUAUAUUAACAGAGUGUACAGAUUUAUUUACCAAUCCCUCAAGCCAGUUCUGGUCUGGAUAGCUUGCCCAUAUUUUAGACAUUUUCUCAGGGUAGUCUUGCCUCCUUAUACUGAGCUUUACACAAUAAAUUGGUCCUUGUUUCAGGUAAAUUCACCAUGUAAUGGGGACUUUUAAGUGACACAUUGUUUAGACAAAAUGGACAGCUUUUCCUUAUUUGCUACAUUUGCAUCACUGAAUUCUCUAGUUAAACAGAAAAUUCACCUCAACAGAGUGGGCAACCUUCCAGCAUCAGUAAAAAAAAUACUACUUUUCAGUAGUACAUGUAGAUGUUUGUGCUGUAUGUUCUUUUCUAAAAAAAAAUCAACAAAAAACACAGAUAGAAUAUAGAGAGAGAUGACUGCUUUGUAACCAGUGAGAAUAUUGUCACCAACCUUUGAAGCAUGUCCUUAGUCAAUAGCUUCCCAUUAAAAAUGUUUAAAAUAAAAAAAACAGGAACUACUAUAGGAGAUGGUGAAGGAAGAAUAUGUUCUCUGAGACUCCUAAUGAAAGUGAUUACUGUACUUGUUGCUGAGUGAAUUUCCUUUAAGUUAUUUCAGUGUAGUAUACCUUUAAGGAUGAAGUGAACAAAGUUUGUCCUGCACUGAACCAUGGCACAGUGCCUUUCACAAACUCCCUGAAUCUUGGUCCUUACAUUGGAUUUGUUCACAAAACCUCUUUCUCUACUAUAAUAACAAUUCAUCAGAAACAAUUGUGAACUAACAAACUAACAGAACCACACAGGCAAGCAAAAACACGCAUAUUAGUGAUUGUAUCACGGCCCCUCCCUUCCCACCACAUACUUUCUUUUCAUUUUGACAUUUUGACAUGUGGUUUCAUAUUGUUCACUGAAUAGGGGAUUAGACUGUGUUUUGUAUUAUGGUCCUACCGUAUCAGAAACAGCACUUACACAGGAUUGCAGGAAUGCUUGUCAAAGCAGGCUGAUAUUCAGUGAAGAUGUGGUGGAGCAGCAUAUGAAGUCACAGAAGCUCCAACAUACCUGCGCACAGCCUGAAAACCACUCACAGCCAUGUUUAGGAGUUGUCUGCAUUCUUCCCUUGGUAGUUGGUUCCAUGACAUAAACAACAGCAGAUGAGCCACAGAUUUUUCAGGUUCUCUGUGACCCUAAAAUAUCACUCACAGGAAAAUAUGAACAAUUGUGUAAUGCCUUCUGAUAUUACUGUUUCAGUUUUACAUUAAACAUGAAUCUGUUUUUUUCUAACCCUAAAACUAUAUCUGAUUGAGGUAGAGUGCUACACUGAAACUGGCAAAUUCAUCCCAUUUUCAAAACCAAAACCCUUUGCAUAUAUGUCCAAAAUCUGCUCAAUAAAAUUUUGUGGAUUCUCAAAGGUUACAAUUGAGGUGCUAUAAAAGGUAAAUGAUCCUUUAAUCUGCAGUUUAUGAAUUAAAGUUUAACAUCCAGGAUUAAUACAUAUGUAAUGGUGCAUUAUUAAUAAAUGUAUUUAAAAUCUGAACUAUUAACUAUGAUUUGGGUUUGAUCACGUGAAGGUAGUUAUUACAAGCAUGUGUUCCAUUUGUAAGCUUUAGCAUCAAAAGCAGAAGUACCUGAAAUGCCUUUGAGUUUUCUGUCAGUUGUCACUUCAUCUUCUUGUGUAGACACGACCCCAUUUACCCAAUCUGUUAAAUAACGAAAAACUUCAGAAGAUAUGAUUUAAUCUGAAUGGGCAAAUAUAUGCAGAGUCUUGGAAUCGUGCAUCAAGCCAUCACUGGAAACAUUGUAUAAGAUCCUGCUUGUGAUAUGUUUUUUUUGUUUAAACUUUGUAACAGUUGCAUAAACUAAGCUGGCCUUCA